AUUCUGAUAUUCAAAUGCAAAGUUCAACUAACCCUGCUUCAUCUAAUGAACUUUUAUUGCUUAAGUCUCAGUUAAAUAAAAUCGAAUUUCAAUAUGUAGAUUUUUUAAAUGAGCAACAAAAGUCAGCUCUUCUGAAAAAACUUAAUGAGAUUUUGGCAGUUCUGGCAACUAACCUUUCUAAAAUUAAAGUCUCAGAAAAAAUCGUAGAAAAGGAUCAAAAGCUAAAAGUCCUAUUAAGUUCACAAAUUCUUGCUAAUGAUGUAGACCAGAUUUAUGAUCCAAAGA